GCAGGCAAGUGGGACUAGUUUAGUUUGGGAAUCCUGGUCUGCACGGAUGAGUUGGACCGAAGAGUCUGUUACUGUAUUGUAUACCUCUAUGAACCAGAAGUGACCUUUUGAAAUUAGUAGAAUUCUGAGAGGGGCCUGACAGGAUAGAUGCAGAUAAAAUGCUUCUUUGUGGGGGGUAUCAUAGAAUGCCAACAAUGUGGUAGCUUCAGCCCAUCUUUUCCACACUGGCUCUCCAAAGACCAUCCCACCAGCUCCUUACUCCGUAUUUCCCAUGGCUAACCCAUCCUAACCUACACAUCCCUGGGUACUAUGGGUAAUUUAGUACGGCCAAUCUACUUUAACCCACACACAUAUCCAUAAAUUACCUUCUCAAGAAUGUAAUUUAAACACAGAGCUUUUCUAAGAAAAUGUCUGUUUGGUUCAACAUUGGGGCAUGGAGUUCACACCUAUUGUCUCUUAAAGGGAUAUUUCUGCUAAUAAAUAGGGCAACGUUUCUUUGAAUUGUAGAUUCAUUUAGAUAAGACUGCAUCACUUUGCAUAUUGAGAUAUCCCUCUGAAUGUGUCCACACCCCUUUGAAAUAUAAUCGUCUUCAUUUAAAUUCUUUAUUUGCAGCAGUAGCCCGUUAAAAUAUCCACGUCCCUUUAAAAUGCACAUUUCCCCCUUUAGAUUUGACGAUGCUUUGUUAUAAUGUUGGAAUAUCUGUUUAAAUUGAGCCAUAAGCUUUCACAAUGUGGACAGGGCUCCUCGAAACGUGGCAGUGUCCCCCCUGCAGCUGCAGAGCGAGACAGGAGAGUUUGUUUUUGUGAAUGAGCAGUUGUAGCGCGAGGUGGCUGUUGCUUGGUGACGGUGAGGCUCCCCCGGCCCCGCCAACCCCGAGCUGAUGUCACGCGGGGGCGAAGGCGGUUGGGAGGACAAGUCGCUCGAGCGGGGAAGCGGCGGCCAUUAGGAAAAUGGCGCCGUGCGGCCCGGGGCAGACACCCGUCACUGGGCACCGCCGCCUUCCUGGCGCAGCUGCUGUGUCACGGCCACACCGGCCGGCUGUACAGCAGGCAGGAGCCGGUGAGCAUUCUGGAGGCGGAUGGGGUUAAGGGCCUGCUUGGGAACUCGUCGGCCGCCUGGGUGGUGGAGUUCUACUGGUCGUGGGGCGGCCCCUGUGUCAACUAUGGGGCCACCUGGAAGGUACUGGGCCCGGGAGGUGAAAGAGUAUUUGAAGAUCUGAAGACGGGAGUUUCAAAAUCAACAGAUGAACAGCUUAUGCCUGAAACGUCGACUCUUCUGAUCCUCGGAUGCUACCUGACCUGCUGUGCUUUGCCAGCACUGCACUUUGACUGACUCUCCAGCGCCUGCAGUCCUCACUUUGACGUCAAUGUCUGACACUCACUCAAUCCAUCGGGACUGCAACAAUUUUCAACUAUGACUUUGUGAGAAGGAGCAAAGCUUUGUGAUUCCAGUUUGAGUACAUUUUCAGCAUCAGUGGGACUGGGUGAGAGACCCUACCGUUGCAGCACACUGAGUGUGGAGCCUGAAACAGUUAUACGGCCUGGAAAGAGGAAUUCACAGUGGGGAGAGGCUCCACACGUGUUUGUGUGCAGCUGAAGCUUCGGCCAUGGAGAAACCGUGGGAGUGUAGCGACUGCGGGAAAGGCUUCCGUUUCCCGUCGGCCCUUGAGACUCAUCGGCGCAGUCACACAGGGGAGAGGCCCUUCAGCUGCCCUGAGUGCAAGAAGGCCUUCAGAGAUUCCUCUGCCCUGCUGAAGCACCAGCGGGUCCACACAGGGGAGAGGCCCUUCAGCUGCCCUGAGUGUGGGAAGGCCUUCAGCAAUUCCUCUGCCCUGUUGAAGCACCAGCGGGUCCACACGGGGGAGAGACCCUUCAGCUGCCCUGAAUGCGGGAAAGCCUUCAGCGAUUCCUUCCACCUGAUGAGGCAUCGGAGGGUCCACAUGAGGGAGAGGCCCUUCAGUUGCCCCGAGUGUGGGAAGGCCUUCAGCAAUUCCUCUGCCCUGCUGAAGCACCAGCGGGUCCACACGGGGGAGAGGCCCUUCAGCUGCCCCGAGUGCGGGAAGGGCUUCAGCAAUUCCUCUGCCCUGCUGAAGCACCAGCGGGUCCACACGGAGGAGAGGCCCUUCAACUGCCCCGAGUGUGGGAAAGCCUUCAACGAUUCCUCCAACCUGCUGACCCACCGGCGGGUCCACACGGGGGACAGGCCAUUCCCCUGCAGAGAGUGCGGGAAGGCCUUCAGGUAUUCUUCUCAGCUGCUGACUCACCAGCGGGUCCACACGGGGGAAAGGCCCUUCAGCUGCCCUGAGUGUGGGAAGGCCUUCAACGAUUCCUCCAACCUGCUGACCCACCGGCAGAUCCACACGGGGGAGAGGCCAUUCCCCUGCCCCGAGUGUGGGAAGGCUUUCAGCAAUUCCUCUGCCCUGCUGAAGCACCAGCGGGUCCACACGGGGAACAGGCCCUUCAAAUGCCCCGAGUGCGGGAAGGCCUUCAACGAUUCCUUCAACCUGCUGACCCAUCGGCGGGUCCACACGGGGGAGAGGCCAUUCCCCUGCGCAAAGUGCGGAAAGGCCUUCAGGUAUUCUUCUCACCUGCUGACCCACUGGCAGGUCCACACGGGGGAAAGGCCCUUCAGCUGUCCCGAGUGCGGGAAGGCCUUCAGGAAUUCCUCCAACCUGCUGACCCAUUCGCAGGUCCACACAGGGGAGAGGCCAUUCCCCUGCCCCGAGUGCGGGAAGGCCUUCAGCAAUUCCUCUGCCCUGUUAAGGCAUCAGCGCGUCCAUACGGGGGAGAGACCCUUCAGCUGCCCCAAGUGCAAGAAGGCCUUCAGCAGUUCCUCUGCACUGCUGAGGCACCGGCGGGUCCACACAGGGGAGAGGCCAUUCCCCUGCCCCAAGUGUGGAAAGGCCUUCAGCAAUUCCUCCGACCUGUUGAGGCACCGGCGCGUCCACACGGGGGAGAGGCCCUACAGCUGCCUCGAGUGCGGGAAGGCCUUUACCCAGGCCUCUGCCCUGCUGAGCCACCGGCGGGUCCACACGGGGGAGAGGCCGUACAGCUGCCCUAAGUGCGGGAAGGCCUUUAUCCAGUCCUCCCACCUGCUGACCCACCGACGGAUCCACACGGGGGAGAGGCCAUUCCCCUGCGCGGAGUGCGGGAAGGCCUUCAGGUAUUCUCCUCGUCUGCUGACCCACCAGCGGGUCCACACUUGGGAAAGGCCCUUCAGCUGCCCCGAGUGCGGGAAGGCCUUCAGGAAUUCCUCCAACCUGCUGACCCACUCGCAGGUCCACACGGGGGAGAGACCAUUCCCCUGCCCCGAGUGCGGGAAGGCCUUCAGCAAUUCCUCCAACCUGCUGGUCCACUCGCAGGUCCACACGGGGGAGAGACCAUUCCCCUGCCCCGAGUGCGGGAAGGCCUUCAGGAAUUCCUCCAACCUGCUGACCCACUCGCAGGUCCACACAGGUGGGAGGCCAUUCCCCUGCCCCAAGUGUGGAAAGGCCUUCAGCAAUUCCUCCGACCUGCUGAGGCACCGGCGGGUCCACAUGGGGGAGAGGCCCUUCAGCUGUCUCAAGUGCGGGAAGGCCUUUACCCAGACCUCCACCCUGCUGAGCCACCGGUGGAUCCACACGGGGGAACAAAAACCGUGGAAAUGUGGCGACUGCGGGAAAGGUUUCUGUGUCCCGUCUGCCCUGGAAAUUCAUCGUCGCAGUCACAGCGGGGAGAGACCAUUCUCCUGCCCUGAGUGCGGGAAGGCCUUCAGUGAUUCCUCCAACCUCCAGACUCACCGGCGGGUUCAUACAGGGGAGAGGCCGUUUCCAUGCCCUGAGUGCGGAAAAGCAUUCAGCAGUUCCUCCACCCUGCUGAAGCACCAGCAGGUCCACACAGGGGAGAGGCCCUUCAGCUGCCCAGAGUGUGGCAAGGGCUUUACGCGGACCUCCACCCUGCUGGCCCACCGGCGGCUCCACACCGGGGAGAGGCCCUUCAGCUGCCCCGAGUGCAGGAAGACCUUCACCAAUUCCUCCUCCCUCCUGAGGCACCGGCGGGUCCACAAUGGGGAGAGGCCAUUCAGCUGUCCGGAGUGUAGGAAAGCCUGCAGCUGUUUCUCCGACCUGCUGGCCCACCGGCAGGUCCACGCUGGGGAGAGACCCUUCAGCUGCCCCGAGUGCGGGAAGGGCUUUACCUAUGCCUCCAGACUGCUGACCCACCGGCGGGUCCACACCGGGGAGAGGCCCUUUAGCUGCCCCGAGUGCAGGAAGGGUUUUACCCAGGCCUCCAACCUACUGAUCCAUCGGCGGGUCCACACGGGGGAGAGGCCCUUCAGUUGCCCUGAGUGCGGGGAGGGCUUUACCCAGUCCUCCCACCUGCUGACCCAUCGGCGGAUCCACAGCGGGGAGAGGCCCUUCAGCUGUCCCGAAUGUGGGAAGGACUUUACCCAAGCUGGCACCCUGCAGACCCAUUGGCGGAUCCACACCAGGGAGAGGCCCUUCAGCUGCCCUGAGUGUGGAAAAGCAUUCAGUGAUUCCUCUGACCUGCUGAAGCACCAGCGGGUUCACACUGGGGAAAGGCCCUUCCCCUGCGCAGAAUGUGGGCGCAGGUUUGCGUGUUCCAGCAACUUGCGGAGGCACCAGCGGGGGCAUCAGUGCUCCAAACAAUCAGAUCCCCCUGGUGACGCUGCUGUGGGUCACUCCCAGGACUGAACCCUUGCCUGUUAUGACAGUAUGUGGGCUUUUAUUUGGUUUCUGCGGGACUGGACGGUCUCUCCCUCACAUCUAUCUCCCCCACCACCCCAUCUUUGCUCCCUGUCGGCCUCUUCAAAGGGCUUAAAUUAUUGCUAUUAAUUAAGCUAUUUUGUUUAACUUUACCCUAAUAAAGUUGUAGUAUUCAUAAUUGUUAA